ACUCUUCCUGAAACAGACUCGCAAGUACAGUAGUUUCUUCAGAGGUCAGGGCAGCCUACACCAGCGGCAUCUUCGAUUCUCAGCAGUUAUACGAUGGCAUCGUCGUCGAGGCGGCGCGCGGCGACUCUGGCGGCAGCGCUCGUGGUCGUCCUUCUGGUCGCCCGAGCGGGCCUUGUCGGCGCGGCGCGGCCGGCGCCGGCGGGGAGGAGUGGGGACGGCGCGAUGUACUCGGCGGUGUACCCGGCAGCGGUGCUGGUGGCGGACACGGCGAGGGAGACGGUGGAGAUGCUCAUGGCGAGGCUGCCGGCUGGGCCCAGCCCCAAGGGUCCCGGCCACUAGCUACGCACGGACGGCAAGGGCGUCGCUGUCGGCUGAUCGAUCGGUCUGAUCCGCCUGUGAAUAGUUCGGGUUAUGGACACAUGAAGGUUACGUAUAUACUAAUUGCACAUAUAUAGGAUGAUUAUUCUUUGAUACCUUUCUUCUCGUUUUACCUUUUCUUUUUGGAAAUUGUUGAUGCGGAGAUUCAAGAUUGUACUAUAUGGAGUAUGAACUAGAGCGGCAAACUCGGUCUUGUUUGAACUCA